GGGAAGGAGCUAGUCAGUAUGCGUGUUCAUUGAAGUGCAGGAACAUUUACAAAUGUAUUAUUCACAAUGCCAACAUCCGGAGUAGUGUAAAGCUGACAUAACUGCUGAAUAUAAUUGUUUCAUUUUAGCCGUUAACAAUGAAUACGCUGUUUGCGACCAGUUUGGUGUUUGUUGGUUGCUGCAGCAAUGUUGUGUUUUUGGAACUUUUGGUUAGGGAUUUCCCAGGAUGUGGAAAUAUUGUCACAUUUGCUCAGUUUGCCUUCAUUGCACUGGAGGGAUUCAUCUUCGAGACAAACUUUGGACGCAAAAAGCCACACAUACCCCUCAGUAACUAUGUGAUCAUGGUGACUAUGUUCUUUACCGUCAGCGUUAUCAAUAACUACGCCCUGAACUUUAACAUCGCCAUGCCACUGCAUAUGAUCUUCAGAUCAGGAUCUUUAAUAGCAAACAUGGUUCUCGGGAUUGUCAUCUUAAAGAAAAGAUAUUCGAUGAGUAAAUACCUCUCCAUCGCUCUGGUGUCUCUGGGCAUUUUCAUCUGCACUAUUAUGUCGGCUAAACAAGUGAGUGUUGAGAAAGGAGCCACAGAGGAAGAUGGUGUUUAUGCCUUCAUGCAUUGGCUUCUGGGGAUCGCCAUGCUGACGUUCGCCUUGCUGAUGUCUGCAAGAAUGGGGAUUUUCCAAGAAACUCUGUACAAGAAGUAUGGAAAACACUCCAAGGAGGCUCUGUUCUACAAUCACUGUCUGCCGUUACCAGGAUUCCUCCUGCUGUCGACGGACAUCUACAAACACGCCGUGCUCUUCAGCCAGAGCUCUCCAGUGGAAAUCCCUGUGAUUGGUCAGUCUAUGCCAGUCAUGUGGUUUUACCUGCUGAUGAACGUCAUCACACAAUAUGUGUGUAUCCGCGGCGUCUUCAUCCUGACUACAGAGUGCGCCUCGCUCACGGUCACACUGGUGGUGACGCUGCGCAAGUUUCUGAGCCUCAUUAUUUCCAUCCUGUACUUCCGUAAUCCCUUCACAACCUGGCAUUGGGUGGGAACGGCCGUGGUGUUCCUGGGAACGUUGCUCUACACGGAAGUGUGGUCCAGCGUUCGUGUGGCAAUGAAAGGAGAGAAAGCCCACAAGAAGGCAGAGUAAACUGGACAAUGCGUUUUCAUUGAUUUACUGUGAAUGGAUGAGAGCUUGAAGUGUGUUUGGGCCAAUUUUAUGAGCUGUUUUUGAGCCAGAUGUGUGUGUUAGAGCAUUUGUCUGUAAGCUUGCACAAUCCCUGACCUGUUUGACCCGAAAUGGACCCUUAUUUUGUUCCUGACACUAUAUUUACAUUCAGGACUUGCUGUAGAAUUAUGUAUUGAUUUCCACAAGUAUUUAUUUAUUUUCCGUUUUUUAAUCACAGCCAGUUUCGUUAAGUCAGCGGAAUGUGUCGGCCCACUUACAUGUGUGAAAUAAUAAUAAAUACGACCACAAAAGGUAAUGCAAAACUUU